CGUAUUAUUGUCUUUCAGAUUUGCUCGAGGCGGUCGCAGGCAGGUCAGAAUAGACUUUCUAGAAUUUGCCUAAUGACGUCUGACUGACCGGGUGGUUUGCGUUUCCAGUGGCUGUAGAGCUGAAACGAAGUCAAAACGAUUGACACCUGCAAAAGAAGGCGCCAACUCACGGCCUAUUCUGGACUUUCAGUGCCCGCCAUCUCCCCUUUCGACACAGCCUCUUGACGAAAUCCUAGACUGCUUUGUUCCUACCAGCCAGACGCAUUCUGUUUGUUUCUGCCUGUGAUCUGGCCCGUCACUUAGGCCUCCGUAAACUAUUUUAUGGGGGCCUGCUUCCAUCGAUCUUCCUUUGGCCCAGAUGUGCACCUGUGCGGUGCGCGCUCAGGAUUCUAUUAGCGCCAGCACUUUGUUCCUCGGCUCUUCGAUUACUGAUAACCUUUUUAUAUGAAACGGAGUCCCAUAUAAAGCGAAGUUCAAUCAUACCAUGCAUCAAAUGCGCGCGGCACCUGGUCCGUUGGCCUUUGAGGGGCCGAGCACCCCGGCGAUACAUCUCCCUGACGGCACGGUACAGCAGCCCUUCCUCUCGCCGAUGCAAAACCCCGCCGUUCACCGCAGUAACGUUAUGAAUCUCGAUACAUUCUCUCCCGUUAACGAAAACGGGAGCUUUGAGUUUGAUCGGGUUCUGAAGUCGAAGAAAGUAAACCGUCGGGUGAAGCCAAAACAUGUAUUCAGAGCCUUCUGGAAACCUGCCUACCUUGUUCUCCGGCCGAACCUGUUAUCUGUCUACAAGGAUGAAGAAGCGACCCGACUGCGAGCAUCGAUAUCACUUUCCGAGGUUACAGCCGUUGCGCCUAUAAAGUCGCACCGUUCGCACCGGCAACACGUCUUUGCAAUUUUUACUUCAUCAAAGAAUUACCGGUUCCAGGCGUUGUCGGACAAGGAUAUGGAGGACUGGAUUGCACGGAUACGUGCUGAGAGUCGUAUAAACGAAGAUGAGGAGGCUCUUCUUGCUCUGUCCAAAAGACAGGGAAACCAGGAUUCUGCGGCUAUGAACAGGCAGCGUAUCUACGACACCACCGACCAUUCUGAUGUUGAGGUUCGAGAAAGGGCCAGCUCCCCUGAAUUUGGUCGUGGGAGGCCUUCUGGUAAUUUUCCAAGGAGGUUUGUUGCUCCGCAGGACCAUUCGGCAAAUGAUAUUACCUCCUAUUCUGAAUGGUCUGAUGGACCUGACGGCCAUGAGCACUCAAAGUCUAAACAUUCCAUCAAUGAAUUCUCUUCGUCCGCGCCAGCAGUACAGCAAUCUACAUUUGCGCGCGAUUCCGGUAGAAUCCAUGAGAUGGGGAGCCUGCGCGACCCUGAACGAGUUAUUUGCAGCGGAUAUCUCCAGUGUCUCAAGAUCAAAGGGGGUGUGCGACAUUGGAAACGCCUAUGGGUUGUACUACGAGCAAAGAGCCUCGCAUUCUAUAAAGACGAGCAGGAAUACUCUGCCGUUAAAAUAAUACCAAUGGCGCAAAUUUUUGACGUCACGGAAGUUGAUCCGAUGUCGCGGUCCAAGAACUUCUGCCUCCAAAUCAUUGCAGAAGAAAAGAUAUACCGACUCUCUACUUCCGACGAAGAGUCCCUUACCAAGUGGCUAGGUGCUUUAAAAAGCAUCAUCGUCUCUCGGAACAAGUUGGCGCCAGCAGCUGCUCCCUAAUCAACCAUCAAUACUCAACCCAUGCAUCUCAGUCGCGGUACACCUUUCCUAUUUUAAUCCCCCCAUUCCUUACCCAUAUCUCCUAUCGCUUCCCAUGCCUUCCCAUCGAUCUCUCGAUAAGUCCUCCCUCCCUUAUCGCUGCCACCGCUCGUUAUUUUUCUUUUAUCUUUCUGAUUUGAAUAUAUAACAUACCCCAUAUCCCAUGGCUUUAACUCACAUCAGUUGCUGGCUUUUGGCUUUUUUUUUUCUUAACACUUCUUACAUGGUUACAGGUAACCAGAUAAUGAUUUCACGCAAUCAGGCGUGUGUAUCUAGUUAGCUUACGCUUACGUUCUCUUGUUUCUACAUAGUCUUGAUAUUAGCUUGGCGUCAAAGGACGGGUGGGUGCCUGAGCUACUUCUCUCUCUCCCUUUCUCUAUACAUAUUCCUAUCGCUGCUGCUAUCUCUUCCUGCAUUGGUGGGCUUUGUAUUCUUUAUUAGUCUAUUCGAUCGGAUUGUUCCUAGUGACCUGGAUCGGACUGAUAGGCUAUUUCUGAAUUUCAAAUUGUACUUCUAUUUGGUACCUAUUUAACUAAUUCU